GUGUUAAUUUAAUGAUUGAAAAAUUUCAGAAGGAGCAAAAAUUUGUUGAGUUUCAAAUAAGAAAAAUUCUUAAUGGUAAACAACUACCUAAGCCAAAGAAAAGUAUAGUUGAACAAGAAAAUAAGAUCAUGAAUGUUUUUAAUAAUCAAUCUAUUUGUACUACUAUAAAUUUUCUUAAAGAAAUAGCAUAA